GAUAGGUUUUUAUCAUGGCUCACAACGCUCGGAUUGGAAAUGGCAACUCUUUGGAAGACGAAAUGUCCAAGUUUGAACAAGAACUGUCUAUGGCUUCUUAUCAAUUAGGCCCACAGUUCAUGCCUAGAGCAGGAGUGGGAUCGGCGCUUGCAUUCAGACCCCAAGUUCUCAUCCGACCACAAGCAAUGCCUCUAGCGCCACCCCCGCGGCCCCCUUCUUUCUGCUUUGCCCUGACUGCUCCCGCUCAACCACAUUCACAUUCAAGCUUGGCUUCUAACUUCAUACCUCCUAAACCUAUGCAGAUGCAGUCUCAACCCGAAGUGCUUGCCACAGGUAAUGCAACAUCCAAUGCUCACAUGCAGCAGCAUGUCUUUCAUACAACGGCCGACAAGUUUGAACCUAGUAACCUUGUUAUUGAAUCUAGACCGAGCAUAUACAAAACGCCGAAGCAGCCCAACUAUAACCCUGUCACACGUCCUGGACCAGUUCCUAUUGCUCCGCAAAUCAAAAAUCCACAGCCUGUAUCGCUGCCACCAGCUCUGGCGGAGUCCCUCAACGCACCUGUGAAUAACAUGGGAUCUGCAGGUGGUUUUGCAACUUCAGCUGUCGCAAAAAACUCACAAGCCUCAAGCUCAGCUCAAAAACAGAAAAUUGGUGCUACAAAACCGAAAAAGUUUGUAAGAGCGGCAGGCGGCGAAACAUGGGAAGACAUGUCAUUACAUGACUGGGAUCCAAAUGACUUUCGUGUGUUCUGUGGUGAUCUGGGCAAUGAGGUGAGCGAUGAUCAUUUACGAAGAGCUUUUUCUCAGUACCCUUCUCUGCAGCGGGUGAAAGUGGUGAGAGAUAAGCGUACAAAUAAAACGAAAGGCUACGGCUUCCUCAGUUUCUCGGAUUCUGCCGAUUACGUGCGUGCAAUGAAGGAGAUGAAUGGAAAGUAUGUCGGCAACAGGCCCAUUAAACUGAGAAAGAGCAGUUGGCAGGAGAGAGACAUUCACCAAGUGCGCAAGAAAGAAAAACUCAAAAAGAAACUAGGACUACGCUAGAAGCAGAGCCAAUUUACUUGUUUUCAGGCACUACUAGUAUGUGCCAUCUCAUCCAAUGAACCACAUGCAGUGACUUCCCUAUUAUAUUUUGAAUGGUAUAUAAUUUUUGUUGUUGCUGAUUAAGAGUAAUAGACACAGUGAAGACUCUUAUAUA